AUGAUAAACCUGGGUACAUCAGAUCACGGCGCUGUGUUUUGGAGACCUAAACCAUCUCGUGAUAUUAUGGUGCGCGCUCAUAAGGCCCAGAAACGCAGCGUACGACGGUUUCCGGAGUCGGCUAUUAAUGCUUUCGGGAGGUGGGUUUCUAGUCAUCAUUGGUUCACUGGUCUAGACAGUGUGGCUUCAGUUGACAGCUUAACGGAGUCGUUUAACACUGAUGUGAAAACAGCAAUUGAUAUUCGUUUCCCACUAAAGUCGGUGAAAAUCCAUCCCACCGACAUACCCUGGAUGACAUCUCGCAUCAAGCAGCUCAUCCUCGAAAGGCAGCGUGUGUUCCAUUCUGAUAGGAAUGGCAGAUGGAAAGAGCUGCGCAUCAGUGUACGCGAUGAGAUUGCUGCCAGGGAAAAAGCCUUUUACUCUGAGAAGGUUAGCUAUUUGAAAAAUACCGACCCACGGAAGUGGUGGAGUCUCGUUAACAGGCUCUCCGGUAAAUCCAGUGGCGCGAGUGCUAUCAGUUAUGAGGUCGACAAUAAGGUAUUGUCUGGCCUGGAGCUGGGAAAUAGGCUUAACAACUUUUUUGUUUCAGUAACAUCUGAUGUUCCAGCCCUGGAUUACCUAACACUCCCUGCCUUUUCUACCCGCACCGGACCAGUUACCUGUCAUCCGCCCCACGGAAGUCUACAAAAAACUGCUCAGGCUAGGUCCUUUCAAAGCUUGUGGUUCUGA